GAGCUGCAAGCUAAUGAUGUCUACACGGUGCCCUACACCCCCUACACAGCUGACACCCUGCGCAUGGGCUGGGAGCAGCUAAUAACCAAUGUGAAGCGAGCCAUCAAUGAAGUGGAGGUACAGAUGAUGGUGCGAGAUGCACGAGGUGUGAGUGAGGCCCAGUUGAGUGACUUCCGUCGAUGCUUCAAUCACUUCGACAAACGCCGUCUUCGGCGCCUCGAAGCUUCGGAGUUCAAGGCCUGUCUGGUUUCCCUCGGAUUCAAUAUCCCCAACACUGCAGAGGUGAAGUAUUACUUGUCUUUGUUAUUCAUUUUCUUCCCGUGA